GCGCGGCUCCUGCCGGUCUCCCCCGGCUCGCCCGCUCGCUCCCGCGGAGGCGGCGGGAGGGAAGGGGCGAGCGGAGUCCCCGCGUCACCUUCUCGCUGCCCGAUCCAUGGGUGGAGCGGGCAGCCUCCCUUGGGGAAGCGCCGCCGCGGUUCGCCAGGAUUGAGCGGAGCGGGCGGCCGCCCGCGCGGAGGGAGGAUGCCAGUGCUUCGAAAGGUGCUGCGGAUCUCCAAUCGCUCUAUGCUCGCCUUCAUCUUCUUCUUCUCCUUCUCUUCCUCCUGCCUCUACUUCAUCUACGUGGCCCCCGGGAUCGCAAACACAUAUCUCUUUAUGGUGCAAGCUCGUGGUAUAAUGCUGAGAGAAAAUGUAAAAACAAUAGGACACAUGAUCCGAUUAUACACUAACAAAAAUACUACACUGAAUGGCACAGAUUACCCUGAAGGAAACAAUUCUAGUGACUCUGUUGCUCAAACAACAAUGUAUCUUCCAGAAAACUUCACUUACUCUCCUUACCAGGCUUGUCCAGAGAAGCUGCCUUACAUGAGAGGCCUUAUUGAUGUCAAUAUGAGUGAAAUUAGUUUUGGUGAAAUUCAGAAACUGUUUUCAAAAGACUUAGACAUCAAACCAGGAGGACACUGGAAACCAAAAGACUGUAAGCCACGAUGGAAGGUGGCAAUCCUUAUUCCUUUUCGGAAUCGCCAUGAGCAUCUUCCAAUCUUCUUCCGUCAUCUGAUACCAAUGUUGCAGAAGCAGCGGCUGGAAUUUGCCUUUUAUGUUGUUGAACAGACAGGUACACAACCUUUUAAUCGUGCAAUGCUCUUCAAUGUUGGCUUCAAAGAGGCUAUGAAGGAUGCUACCUGGGACUGCAUAAUAUUUCAUGAUGUAGAUCACUUACCUGAAAAUGACCGGAAUUAUUAUGGAUGUGGAGAAAUGCCACGCCAUUUUGCAGCAAAGCUGGACAAAUACAUGUACAUUCUUCCAUACAAUGAGUUCUUUGGUGGUGUAAGUGGCCUGACAGUGGAACAAUUCAAGAAGAUCAAUGGGUUUCCAAAUGCCUUUUGGGGAUGGGGUGGAGAAGAUGAUGAUCUUUGGAACAGGGUUCACUAUGCUGGAUUCAAUGUAACAAGGCCAGAGGGAGAUUUAGGCAAGUACAAAUCCAUUCCUCAUCAUCACAGAGGUGAAGUCCAGUUUUUAGGACGAUACAAACUUCUGAGGUAUUCCAGAGAACGUCAGUAUAUUGAUGGAUUGAACAAUUUAAUAUAUACUCCUAAAAUACUUGUCAGUAGAUUGUAUAAAAAUAUAACUGUUAAUCUCAUACCAGAACUUGCUCCUGUUAGAGACUAUUGAUGGAGGUGGAAUGACAAGCUAUCCUAGCAGAAGAAGCUUUUAACACUGGAAGCUACUAAUAGACACUGUAAAACAGGACAAACCGAAAACUAUAAACAGGAGCGCAGAAUUAGAGAUUUUUGACCAUUUGAUAAUGCAUUUGGGAUGAGAAGUUAAGUGAUUGUAUAUACCAUGCAUUUUGUUCUGAAAGAAAAGCCAGCAGCUACCACUCAGAUGUUUACAGCAUGAUACUACUGUUCAAGCCUUCAUUCUUCAUAUUCUUUAUCUUAACAACUCAACUAAGAAAACUGCAGAAAACGGACUUGAAGCUUCUGUGGAAGUAGGGACAGAGGCCUUGGCUUCCACUUUUUUUUAUACUAAACUGCCCCUCCCUCCUAUUUAAAUGAAUGUUUCUGUUUCUUUUUAAAAUGUGUCUUGUAAAUAUGUGAUGUAAAUUAAUGUGUGUACAUUGCUUUUAAAUUGCUCAGUAUAUUAUGCUUUGGUAUGUUAUUUGAGUGUGUUCUCAUUUGAAUUCUAUACAAAUGUUUUUAUUAGCAUGAAAGGACAAGUAUAAAAUGUAAGUAUGCUUAAAAAAAAAAGGUUAUACCUUAUGUGAAAUGAAGGAAAUAGCAAUUGUUGGCCAGCUAUGACUGUAAACUGUUAUACUAGUUUUGAGCUCUGGGCCUCCUGCAUAUCUAUAUAGAAAAACCAAUUUCAUAUAUGAAUUUGGUAGAAAGAAAGCUUUUAAUUUUAUUUAUUGCCAGCACAAUUGUAUUAUCUCCUGCCUGCCAUCUAAAUCCUGUUUAUAUGCAUAUUGCAUGUGUAUUACGGAAAAUCUUGCAGUUGUUGCGUAUUUUGAUCUGCAGGAACUCUGUUUCCAAGUGUGCCACUGGUGUCAAUGUCAGGGAUCUUAAUGCCUAAAACAAUGUGUCUGGGUGCAUAGUCUUUUGGUAUUGUUCUUUUAAAAAAAAUCCUAGUAAACAGCACUUUUAUUACUUCAAAAUCAGAAGAGCCAAAAAUGUGUCUUUACUGGAAGAGUAUUAAAGUUAGAUUUUUUUUUAAUGAAAAUAAUAAAAUAUAGUUCUAAUAUUUCUAAUGCUCGCAGUAUGGGAUUUUGGUCAAAAUGUCCCACUGGUGAUGGUGAUGGCGAUGGCAUAAACAGAACUGAAAGCAGGCCAAUCCCAAGUGCUUUUUAAAAUUCCACUCCUGAUAUAUUAAUCAAUAUAGCUAUUUAAGGGCCUGUUCUGGUAGAGUGCUGAGUGCUUCUAUGAUGCACUAAGCAUCCUCAAGUCAAUGACUUUCAAUGAGAUUGAGGUUGUGCAGUCCCCCUAAGGACUGGCCCUGUCUGUUUCUCUAUUUUUGUGAUCUUAUAUGUAUGAGUAACAAGCCUCUUUCCUUGGCUUAUAAUGAGAAACGUAUCUCCUUAUUUUCUGUUUGUAAUUGUUUGCUUGUAAUGUUGUGCCACCUAAAAGUAUUCCAGUGAUAAGCAUUCUUAUAUUUUCCUAAUUUUUUUUUACGUCCGUUGUUAAUACAAAGGAAAAGUACUGGAUCAGUUAUUUUCUGUGUUAAUGCAACAAUGUUGACCAAGAUCUACUAAAUUGUUUUGUUUGUCACAGUUACUCAACUCUUUAGGAACCAAAGACUGACUUCUGCUCCCAUGAAGAAUGGAAAGCAGUAUGUAAUAAGGGUUGUUUAUCCGUGGAGUGUUCUGUAAGAGUGUUGACAAAGAAUACUAACUUUAACUCGUUACUGUGUGUUGGUUUCCUGAAUUGCUGCCACAGAUGAUGUGGUGCUUUGUGUAUUUGAGUUUGUUUGCCAUGAACACCUUUCAUUUCUUUGAUGUCCCAGCAGCAAAUUUUGCCCUUAGCCAUUCCUCGGUAAAGUUAUAAACUUAGUUGUAGGCAUCCCAAAUAUUUAGUAGAAUUGUAGUGAUUUCAUUUAAGUAGUUGACAACAAUAGUAGGGCAUAUUUUAAACCUUUAAAAUCUACUGGUUAAUCUAAUAUGCUUUAGGAGUGCUGUAAUGCAAUGAAAAUAACAAAAAGCAAGUGUAAAGUGAACAAAAUAUCCUUCAAAAGCAUGCUUAAGUGGUUUGAUCACCUACUGAUAUAUUUUUCCAUAACUGAGUGUAUAGAAUAUCCUGAAGCAUAUGGAUAAAGGAGAGAUAAUUAUUACACUGUAUAAACAACUAUAUCUUCAAAAUAAAGUUAGUCUAAUUUCAUAGCAGGCUAAUACAAUUCUUUAAGAACUGUUGAAUAAAUUCUUAAAUCCCUGAUGUAAUUUUGAAGUGAUUCCUGGUUUUCAGCACAAGUUCACCUACAAUUUAACACCUAUGAUUGUGAGACAUCUUUUGAUACCGUAGGUCUGCACUGUUUCCUGAAGCAUGCUUUUGUGCCCAUUUGUUAGGCAUUCCGUGAAAUUUAAUGUGCAAUUUAAAACAUUCUGAUACAUAUAUACAUAUAUUUCAUACAUAUAUACAUGCAUAUAUUAUACAUAUAUUGUGACUGAAAUAGUAUAACUUUACAGCUCUAAGUGAUAAGUCAUGUAUGGUCUUAAAAAAACAAAGUGACUUAAAACAGUAUGUGAAUGAAUUAUGACAUAUAGCUGAAUUCUUAAAGUUUACAUUUUGGUGCCCCAAAGUGAUGGAUGUUAAUUUCCUCAUUGUUAACCAACACUCUUCUCUAAAUACCUUUUAUCCCUUUGUUGGGAAGUUCUAAAAGUUACCAUCUUAAAUUACAUCAAAAUAGAGUUUGUAUACUACCUGCUUGAACUCAGUACUAUUCUGUAGUGAAUUUUAACAUAGACAGUGCCUUCAAUCAAAAUAAAUGCGAUGCAGAUCUAAGAGUUGUGCACAUUCCUUUUGGUAUUUUCAUAUUUCUUGUAAAAUGUUGAGAAAAGUCAAUCAUAUUGGCUUUUGUAUUGCUGACAGAGCAAAUUAAGGAUGUCUUCAAGGAGUGAAUGUGGAGGAAGAAGAAAGAGGGAGUACUUUACAAGAUUCUGAAGGUCUUGCAGAUUGACAAGUAAUUACAGAAAUUUUGACACUGGACUCUGGUUGAUAUGCUAACAAACUCUUAAGCCCAAUUGCUGUAUUUCAAAGUUAAGUAGGAGAAUAUAAAAUGUAGAAUACAAAAUCCAUUUUCCUAUAAACAAUAUAUUGAGAAGCAAGUGCAAAAUGUCAUUUUUGUUGGAUCUUGCCAGUCUAUUUUUCUAUUGUUAUGUUUACUGAUGGCUGCGUUGUAGUGGGUUACUAAUGAUCCAGUUAUGUAAAAAUACUAAAAGCAUCCAUCGCAUUGCAAGAGAAAGUGUACUUAAGAUAAUUUUAUUUGUAGAGGUAUGUAAAAUAGGCUUAAUGAAAAAUGCACUGAAACAAACGCUGGGAAUUUCCUGUGUA